AUGGCAUCCAGCAAGAUGACGCUUUGUGGGCUGGGCCUUGCUGGCGUCCUCGGAGGCGCAGCCUUCGUCGCCCCGCGUGCCGGGCCAAGCAGCACCGCAGCGACGUCGUUGCGGCGGGGGAAUCAGGCCGCGCAGCCAAGUGGCGUGGCGUCUACUGCAGCAGCUGGCUGUGCCGCGGCCGCCGGCGUCGUCCUGGCCAGCCAGGUCAGAAAAGCGCAGGCUUCUGCGUCCAAGUUCACGACAGCCCUCCGUGCUUUUGAGCAGGAGCUGGGUGUGCAGGCUCCAGUCGGCUUCUGGGAUCCGCUGGGCCUUGCUAGGGAUGGUGACGUGGAGGCCUUCAUGCGCAGGCGAUCCGUAGAAUUGAAGCAUGGCCGCAUCGCGAUGCUGGCAACCAUGGGCUAUAUCACCCCGGAGAUCGCCGGCAAGUUCCCAGGCUAUCUUUCCCCGAGCAUGGGUUUGAAGUUCGCUGACGUGCCCAACGGCCUCGCCGCGAUCUCCAAGGUGCCGGCUGGCGGCUGGACUCAGAUCCUGCUUUACAUGGGCUGGUGCGAGGUGUCCAGGGGUGCAGGCUCUGACAUCGCUAGCGGCCGUCCGGGAGACUUCGGCUGGUACGUCCUGACCAGCGCCGACCCAGAGGAGAAGAAGAAGAAGCUCAAUGCUGAGUUGGCGAAUGGUCGCCUGGCAAUGAUGGCCAUCAUCGGCAUGUUUUACCAGGACGGCCUCACUGGUUCAGCCUGGGGUGACUGGGCGAACUUCACCGAGUCUCCGCUGCGCGCCUCCGCCCCUGACUUCUCUGCGGAGCUGGGUGUGACUCCGCCUCUGGGAUUCUUCGACCCACUUGGCCUUAGCAAGUUUGACAACCCCGAGAUUGCUGCGCAGCAGUUCCGCCGAAGGCGCAUUGUCGAGCUGCAGCACGGGCGCGUCUCCAUGCUGGCGUGCAUCGGAUACAUCGUUCCGGAGUUUGUGCGCUUUCCAGGAUUCUGCGCCCCUUCGCAGAACUUGGCGUUCACGGACAUCCCCAACGGACUGAAGGGUGCGGCCGCCGUGCCCCUUGCAGGAUGGCUCCAGAUCGUCACCUUCGUCGGCAUCAUCGAGGUCUCCAACCUCCAGAACGUUCAGACCGACAUCCUUGGCGACUAUGGCUAUGGCGCCUUCGGCCUCCCCUUCGGCAAGAAGAUCGAGGACCCGGAGAAGAAGAUGAAGAGCCUGAACGCGGAGAUCAACAACGGAAGGCUCGCGAUGUUCGCCAUCAUCGGAAUGUUCUUCCAGGAUGGCCUGACUGGAUCCGCCUGGGGUGACUGGGCCAACUACACCGACUCCCCUCUGCGUGCGGCCCCCGACUUCUCUGCGGAGCUCGGAGUGACUCCGCCUCUGGGAUUCUUCGACCCUCUUGGCCUCAGCAAGUUCGACGACCCUGUGAUCGCGGCGGCGCAGUUCAAGCGACGAAGGAUCAUCGAGAUCCAGCACGGACGAGUUGCAAUGCUAGCCUGCAUCGGCUACAUCGUCCCAGAGUUCGUGCGCUUCCCAGGGAAUGGAGGGGUCGAUUCAGAUGCCUUCGCUAAGGGCUUCUGCAUUAAGAGCCCGGGGCAACCUGUCUAUUGUCCGGACAUUCCGACAACCUGGACCGACUAUGAAGAGCCCGAGCUUCCGACAGCCGAGCUCCCAGGACAGGGAUCCAAAGAGCCCCUAAGUGCACUCUAA